GGAGGCUUCUUAGAGCCUAUGUAGCUACACAGGUGAGAGGCUGAUGCAAAGUCACUGUAGACAUAUCGUACCUUGAAGGAAUGAGCUGGAGCCUAUUUUCCUGGUCCACAGCCUGCUCUCACUCCCUGCCCUCUCCCUGCAGAAGCACUGUACUACACAGAUGACACAGCCAUGACCAGAGCCCUGGUGCAGUCCCUGCUGGCCAAGGAGGCUUUUGAUGAGGUGGACAUGGCUCACAGAUUUGCCCAAGAGUAUAAGAAUGACCCUGAUAGAGGUUACGGAGCUGGAGUCAUCACUGUCUUCAAGAAACUCCUGAGUCACAAGUGCCAUGAUGUCUAUGAGCCUGCUCGGGCCCAGUUCAAUGGAAAGGGGUCCUAUGGCAAUGGGGGCGCCAUGCGGGUAGCAGGCAUCCCCCUGGCCUAUAGCAGCAUCAAAGAUGUUCAGAAGUUUGCUCGUCUCUCAGCCCAGCUUACCCAUGCUUCCUCCCUGGGUUACAACGGUGCCAUCCUGCAGGCUCUGGCUGUGCACCUGGCUCUGCAGGGUGAGUCCUCCAGCGGGCGCUUCCUGGAGCAGCUCCUGGGCCACAUGGAGGAGCUAGAAGGGGACCCCCAGUCAGUCUUGGCUGCCAGGGAGUUGGGUAUGGAGGAGCGUCCAUACUCCAGCCGCCUGAAGAAGAUUGGAGAGUUGUUGGACCAGGACUCAGUGAGCCGAGAAGAAGUGGUGUCUGAGCUAGGGAAUGGCAUUGCUGCCUUUGAGUCUGUGCCCACCGCUAUCUACUGCUUCCUGCGCUGCAUGGAUCCUGACCCUGAGAUUCCCACUGCCUUCAAUAGCCUCCAGAGGACUCUCAUCUAUUCCAUCUCACUCGGUGGGGACACAGACACCAUUGCUACUAUGGCCGGGGCCAUUGCUGGCGCUUACUAUGGGAUGGAUCAGGUGCCAGAGAGCUGGCAGCAGAGUUGUGAGGGCUAUGAGGAGACAGACGUCCUGGCCCAGAGCCUACACCGAGUCUUCCAGAAGAGUCUGUGAAGGCCACAGCUGCUGAGCUUCUGCCAGGUGCCAGAAGGACCAAACACAGCUCAGAGUGAAACCCGAAGGUUCCUUCAGCUGUUUCCCCUGCCUUGAUCUUUCUGAAGCAGAGCCUGGACCUCAUCUCUUAAGGCUAGGGUCUUGAGAGGUCCCAAGAACAGUAAGUAGGGACUGGUGCCUCCUUACUGCUGGGGUUCUGGCUUUCUGCAGAGCCGUGGGCCUCCACGAGUCAUCAGUGAAACAUGAAGGGACCCGGGCAGGUUUUAUUUAGAAGAGUACUUGUGACAUUUGCUUUUUCUUUUUGUCUGAGACAUGGGAUCUGGAGAGGAGAAAUAAUCUGCUGUAACAUCAUUCCUCCCUGUUGGUUGUUAGCCAGCUUGGCAGAUAGCCUGUCCUUGACUGACAGGGUCCCCAACAGCAGGUUGUUUGGACAAGGGACAAACAUUUGCACCCAGCCUCUCUAGGUGCAUACAUGGACCUUGUCUGUAAUGGUUUGUGACAGCUUCCAGUGGAAUUCACCGCAAUAAAUGUUUUUUU